UCAAGAAAUCGCCCGUGACUAUUAAGUUUAUCUUGGGGCUGCCAGAGGAUGAAUAUAUGGAUAAGUUGGAGGAAGAGUCUAAAAUGUACGGAGAUAUUAUUAUUUUGAAUAUCACGGAGAACAUGAACGAAGGAAAAACGUUUGAAUACUUCAGUUGGUUUGCUAAGCAUAGGGAGGAUAAUUAUAUGACCAAAUUGGACGAUGACACUUUCAUACACCUUAUUCACUACUAUCGUGACCUUCAGGAUUUACCGAGAGAACGUGUGUACUAUGGCAAUGCUUUAGGAUAUUAUUAUGGAACAUACUCUUACAUGGGUGAUAAGGUGCCGGAUACACGCUCUCCCGCGACCUCGUUAUGGACAUUGUUGGAUCUGACUGGGCUA